GGCCGCCCCAUCAAGAUGGCGACGGCGACGGGCGGCGGCAGCGGCGGCGGCGGCAGCGGCGGCGGAGGCGGCGGCGCUCUCUGCGCCGGAAGGGGGCGUGAGAACCGGCGCGUCAGCGCGCGUGCGCACUACUGGGUCCAUGCCGGCUCCCGGCACUUCGCGCCCUGCCAAGCUCUCGCGAGAGCGGUGUCUACGUGUCUGGACGUGCGGCGGUUCUCACUUUCCGUCAUGGCGCUGAAGGUGGCGGCAGUCAUCGGUGGCGCUGCGAAAGCGGUGCUCAGACCGGCCCUCCUCUGCCGUCCUUGGGAGGUUCUAGGUGCCCACGAGGCCCCCCGGAGGAGCUUCUCCCAACAGACAAUUCCUCCGUCAGCUAAGUAUGGUGGGCGGCACACGGUGACCAUGAUCCCGGGGGAUGGCAUCGGGCCAGAGCUCAUGUUGCAUGUCAAGUCUGUGUUCAGGCAUGCAUGUGUGCCGGUGGACUUUGAAGAGGUGCACGUGAGCUCCAACGCUGACGAAGAGGACAUCCGCAAUGCCAUCAUGGCCAUCCGCCGGAACCGUGUGGCCCUGAAGGGUAAUAUUGAAACAAACCAUAACCUGCCACCGUCCCACAAAUCCCGAAACAACAUCCUUCGUACCAGCCUGGACCUCUAUGCCAAUGUCAUCCACUGUAAGAGCCUGCCAGGAGUGGUGACCCGGCACAGGGACAUAGAUAUCCUCAUUGUCCGGGAAAACACAGAGGGCGAGUACAGCAGCCUAGAACACGAGAGUGUGGCUGGAGUGGUGGAGAGCCUGAAGAUCAUCACCAAGGCCAAGUCCCUGCGCAUCGCCGAAUAUGCCUUCAAACUGGCCCAGGAGAGCGGGCGCAAGAAAGUGACAGCCGUGCACAAGGCCAACAUCAUGAAACUGGGCGACGGGCUCUUCCUUCAGUGCUGCAAGGAGGUGGCAGCCCGCUACCCCCAGAUCACCUUUGAGAACAUGAUCGUGGACAACACCACCAUGCAGCUGGUGUCCCGGCCCCAGCAGUUUGAUGUCAUGGUGAUGCCUAAUCUCUACGGGAACAUCGUCAACAAUGUCUGCGCAGGACUGGUCGGGGGCCCCGGCCUCGUGGCUGGGGCCAACUACGGCCACGUGUACGCCGUGUUUGAGACGGCUACGAGGAACACGGGCAAGAGUAUUGCCAAUAAGAACAUCGCCAACCCCACCGCCACGCUGCUGGCAAGUUGCAUGAUGCUCGACCACCUCAAGCUCCACUCCUAUGCUGCCUCCAUCCGUAAGGCCGUGUUGGCGUCCAUGGACAACGAAAACAUGCACACCCCGGACAUCGGGGGCCAGGGCACUACGUCGGAAGCCAUCCAGGACAUCAUCCGCCACAUCCGCAUCAUCAAUGGCCGGGCUGUGGAGGCGUAGGCUGUCCCUGGGCCUGCCUCAGCUCACUCCCUCCCGCUCCCGGCGCCCCAGCUUGGUGGGCGGACCCAGAGUAAAUCAGCUUCCGUCCCGGG